UUCGUCAGCAUAAUGAAGUACAUCUGGUCUAAAUGGAUGUUAACAAGACCACAGAGUCCUUUUCUCUGCACAAAGCUGCUUCCCCAGAAGGUGUGUUCAGGAAAUGACAGAAGGGCUAUAAAGGGACCCCAAGACGCUCAUGCCCACACUUGGAUUUGGACAUGGCCAUGCAGAGUUUCCUGCAGUACUUGGGCUCCAGCUCGCUGCUCUGUUUGGCAGCAGGGCUGUUUGCUCUCCUUUACUUUCUCACCAGCUCGAAGAAGUCAGCUUGCAGUUUGCCUCCUGGGCCACGGCCUCUUCCUCUGAUCGGAAACUUGAACGUGGUGGACCUGAAAAAGCCAUUCCAGUCGCUGACAGAGCUAUCCAAGACAUAUGGCAACGUCUUCACUGUGCAUUUUGGACCCAGGAAAGUCGUGGUACUGGCUGGAUAUGAAACCAUCAAGGACGCCCUUUUAAAUCAUGCUGAAGAAUUUGGAGAGAGGGCAGAAAUACCCAUAUUUAGGAAAAUGACGCAAGGAAAUGGUAUAGCAUUCAGCCAUGGAGAGCUAUGGAAAACUAUGAGAAGGUUUACCUUGUCCACACUGCGAGAUUUUGGAAUGGGAAAGAGAACCCUUGAGAUCCGAAUCCUGGAGGAAGUAAAUUCCCUUAUCAAAUAUUUUGAAUCCUAUCAUGGGAAACCAUUUGAUACGAAAAUGAUACUCAACAAUGCUGUAUCCAAUGUCAUCUGCUCGAUAUUGUUUGGAGAGAGGUUUGAAUAUGAUGAUCCUGUAUUUCUAACUUUGCUGGGGAUGAUAAAUCAAAAUACUAAGCUGUUGGGCUCCCCUAUGGUGCUGUUAUAUAAUUUCUACCCAUCCCUUGGAUUUCUCUCUGGAGCUUCCAAGACUGUGCUACAAAAUAUCAGUGAGUUGAAUGCUUUUCUCCAGAAGCUCUUCCAGCAACACAAAAAGGAGCUUAAUGAAAAUGACUUAACGGGCUUUGUUGAUGCCUUUCUGGUAAAGCAACAACAGGAGUCAAAGAAACCCCACACUAUGUUCGACAAUGGAAACCUGAUGUUUUCAACCCUGGACCUCUUUGCUGCUGGGACUGAAACUACAUCUACAACUGUGCGAUGGGGGCUCCUUCUGAUGAUGAAAUACCCAGAAAUUCAGAGAAAGAUUCAAGAAGAAAUGAACCGUGUCAUUGAACCAGGAGAGCUGCCUAAGUUGGAGGACCGGAAAAAAAUGCCUUAUACAGAAGCAGUGAUACAUGAAAUACAAAGGUUUGCCAAUAUUGUCCCAAUGGGUGUAUCACGAUCAACUCCCAGAGAUGUGAAUUUCCGAGGCUAUGUGAUUCCUAAGGGUACUGAGAUUAUUCCACUGCUGACCUCUGCUCUGAAUGAUGAGUUACACUGGAAAACCCCUUAUCAGUUCAACCCUUCCCAUUUCCUGGACGCCAAUGGGAACUUCAUUAGGAGAGAAGCAUUUAUUCCAUUCUCCGUAGGACGAAGGGCUUGCCUUGGUGAAGGACUGGCCAAAAUGGAGCUGUUCCUCUUUUUUGGGGGCUUGCUCCGCAAAUUUGUUUUUCGCCCCCCUCCAGGAGUGGAUAAGUCAGACCUGGAUCUCACUGCUGAUGUCGGCUUUACCUUGAACCCCAUGCCUCACCUGGUUUGUGCUGUGCCCUGUGAAUGAUCAAACAACAUGGCAGUAGAGUAGGGAACACUUCAAGCUUGAAAGCAAGUGUAGUUACAGGGGGGAAAAGAUGUCUGUACCUGCACUUCAGGGCAAGGAAGACACCAGGCACUGCAUUUUUCUCAUUCAUGCCAUUCUCUCCAACAGCUCUUGAAGUGUCUCUGAUGCAAACCCUUCAGACAGCCCUGAAUACUGCUCUUAGAAACAGUGUGAUUCAUUCCUGGAACAGCACACCAGAGAUGCUGUUUUCAGGACUGUUUGAAAGAAUGAAAUGCCCUCAGGCCUCCUCUAUAGAUGUAACCCAUUAGAGGCUCUCCCCUGACAGCCUCCAUGGGGAAUUUCUCAGCCCAAAGUCCAAGCUCUACAGCAGAGCUAAUUACUGAUGGCCCAGCUGGAGACAACAGACACUUAAUGGAUCUGGAAAUCUCCUCAGGAUGGUUGUUCAGCUGAGCCUCAGACUGAGCUUCCACUGUGCCAUACAACCUGCCUUAUCUUUAUUACAGAGUCCUAGACAUGAGGGUGUAACGUGGGCUGAUGCCAAGACCCAGGCACAGGACAGUUAUCAGAAAACAUCUAAGUGGUUUGGGAAGUGGGUUUAUUCCAACUCACACCAGGCACUUCAUGAUGAACAGCCUAUUUAUGAUGGGGCCAAUUUAGCAGCUUUCUGCUGCUGCUAAGAAAGACAUUUCUACAACUCCCUCACCUUUCCUGUCUUCAUCCUGGCUCUGGCACUUGUCCAAUCCCUUACUGGGCCAUCAUAGAUCCCUAAACUGGCAUAAAAUGAUCAGCCAUGGCAAGUGAAGAGUUUCUGAAUCAGUGUGGCUAAAACGACACAAGUCCAUGGCAGUGGGAGGGCGAUGCAGCCUGGGGCUGGGCAGCAGGACUGCCACGCUCCAUCAGAGAGCUGAGAAAGGUUCAGCCCUCUUCUUCACUUGUCAUUGUGGAAACAGAUAUAAAACUGAUAACAGAGUCUGGAAGGAGAAGCAGGUUAGACUUUGUUACCAGUUUGGUUAACUGUGCCAUUAAGUUGUUGUAUGGGAGUCUCUGUGGAAAGCUGGGGACACCCCAGAGACUGUGGCUGUUCUAGAACAGCUGUUUGAUUACUACAAUUGAUGAUUUAUUUCAUGUAGCAUCCAUUAGGAGUAGGAACAAGCUGAGGUACCUGCAAGGCUACACCCAUUGAGGGAAGCAUGAUACAUGUGUGAAAUCUGAAAGGGAGUGCAGGUACAGGAGAGGAGGCUGCUUUGUGUGCUGUGAAACAGGCAGGGAACCACACAUGGGUUAGGGAGAAGUGGGUCACUGGAGAUGCUUUUGUGUUGGUUUGGAAGCAGGAAAGGAAGGUUAGGAUGAAACAAAAAAAGGGAGAAACAAAGUUAUAGAGACUGAGGGGGCAGUUAUGGCAAAUCUACAACAUAAAAUUAAGGUUGCUGUCAUCUGAAGCUGAUCUGUGCUGCAAAUAGAAGGAAAGAAAAGAGAAAGAAUAUGAAGGGAUGACAAGGUAGGGUGGCCUCUGGCCAAGCCACUGACUCUUCUCACUAGCUGUAUUUCACACA